GCCCGAGCGGCGCUGAGAAGGAACCAAGAUGGCGGCGGUGGCGGCGGCGCUCGGGCGGUUGGGCCGGAGAUGGAGCGGCCUCGGCAGGUGCGGCCCCCGCGGCCUCUCCCGGCCUCACCUCGCCACGGCCUCCGGGCCCAGGCGCUCACUGUCCGCCUCACAGGAGUUCACAUCGCUGGACGAGAAGCCCAAGUUCCCGGGAGCCUCGGCUGAGUUUGUGGACAGCCUGAAUUUUAUUCAACCGAAUGUCAUCUCCGGCAUCCCCAUUUACAGAGUCAUGGACCGGCAAGGGCAGAUCAUGAACACGAGUGAAGAUCCCAAGCUGCCGAAAGACAUGGUGCUGAAGUUUUACCAGAAGAUGACUCUGCUGAACACGAUGGACCGUAUACUGUACGAAUCUCAGCGGCAGGGCCGGAUCUCCUUCUACAUGACCAAUUACGGGGAGGAGGGCACACACAUCGGCAGCGCAGCGGCUCUGAAUGCCACCGACCUCGUGUUUGGGCAGUACAGGGAAGCGGGCGUCCUCAUGUACCGCGGCUACCCCCUGGAGCUCUUCAUGGGCCAGUGUUACGCCAACGCCAAGGACGAGGGCAAAGGCCGGCAGAUGCCGGUUCACUACGGCAGCAACAUCCACCACUUUGUCACCAUCUCCUCUCCUCUGGCCACGCAAAUUCCCCAAGCCGUGGGAGCCGCCUACUCCUUCAAGAUGGCUCAGGGCGACCGGGCCGUGAUCUGCUACUUCGGGGAAGGAGCCGCCAGUGAAGGGGACGCCCACGCUGGCUUCAACUUCUCCGCCACCCUCGAGUGUCCCAUCAUCUUCUUCUGCAGGAACAACGGCUACGCCAUCUCCACCCCAACCCACGAGCAGUACAGGGGCGACGGCAUCGCUGCCAGAGGCCCUGGUUAUGGUAUCAUGUCGAUCCGAGUUGACGGUAACGACGUCUUCGCCGUUUACAACGCCACCAAAGAGGCGCGGCGGAGAGCGGUGGCGGAAAACCAGCCCUUCCUCAUCGAGGCUAUGACCUACAGGAUCGGCCAUCACAGCACCAGCGACGACAGCUCAGCCUAUCGGUCGGUGGAUGAGGUCAACUACUGGGACAAGAAGGACCACCCCAUCUCCAGGCUCCGGCACUACAUGGUGAGCAAGGGCUGGUGGGACGAGGAGCAGGAGAAGGCCUGGAGGAAGCAGUCCAGGAAGCGGGUCAUGGAGGCCUUCGAGGAGGCCGAGCGGUGCCUGAAGCCCAAGCUGGAGAACAUGUUCACCGACGUGUACGAGGACAUGCCUCCCCAGCUGAAGAAGCAGCAGGAGUCUCUGGGAAGGCACCUGAAGAUGUACGGGGAGCAUUACCCCAUCGACCUCUUCGACAAAUAAUAAGAUCGGGGUCCGUCGCUGCCCUCUCCCCGGGGCUUGGAUUUCUGUUGCAAUGAACCCCCCCCCCCCACCCCAGAAGAGGCCGUUCUUGUUAAAGGGAAACCCUUUCUUCUCUCUCCCCCACAGCCCCACCCACCCACCCCCCCCAGGUCCUUGUGUUUGGUGCAUGUCUAUCACACACCGUCAGUUUUCUCCCCCCCACCGCAGGCACGCACACGCAGGCACGCACACGCAGACACACGCACACGCCUGUGUUCCCCGGCAGUCAGUAGGAACCCUCUUGUCAUUCGAUUGGGGGAAAUCACUUUCCGGGGGUAAUAAUCCCUUCAAAAUAAAUAAAAAUAAUAAUUCG